AUGAGCUGGCUAACCUCCCUCUUUUCCUCCAACAAAAACUCGCGCAACUCCUCCCGCAAGGCCAUGACGUCGACACACGAGGCCUUCAGUCUCCCGACGUCCUCCCCAAGUCAGGGCGCACACCCAGACGCCUUCAACCCGGAGACCAUUGCAACCGCAGGAUACGGCUCAUCGGCAUCGUAUUCGUAUCCUCCUGCUUCUCCCUCUGGCCCGUACUACGAUGUGCCUCCCUCUGCUACCCGCACCAACCCUAACACAAUACUCCCACUUCAUCAGCCCGCAGCGGCAGGGCACCCCUACCCUCCGCUGUCGAAUACAUGGGCUCGUUUGAGGCUGUGGCUCGAGCGCGAGUAUCAAGAACUUGGUGACACUCUCAACUACGGUAUUCUUCCGCAGGACCUCGCACAACUGGAGAUGGCCUUUGGUUUCUCGCUGCCCGCUCCCGUGCGUGAGUCUUAUCUGUGUGUCGACGGACAGGAACCGGAGUCCGCAGCGGGAUGCUCAGAAGGGCUCUUCUUCGGCUUAACACUGCUGCCCCUGGAAGACGUCCUGGAGGAAUGGCGCUUCUGGCGCGAGGUCGACGACGACCCGGCGACGGGCGCAAACGCCUCGCUGCGCGAACUCAUGCAGUCCAUCCCGCCCGGGUGGGUGCGCAGGGAGUACUCGUGUCGCGGCUGGAUACCGCUUAUAGCGGACAAGGGCGGGAACUACCUCGGUAUCGACAUGAACCCCGGCGAGGGCGGCGCCGUGGGACAGGUCAUCGUCUUCGGCCGCGACUUCGAUACGAAGGUCGUGAUGUGGAGGGGCGACGGCCCGGCCGGGUGGGCGAAGUUCCUUGCUGGAUUUGUCGAGGAUCUCGAGAGCGGAGAAGGGUAUGAGCUCGGAACGGGCGCCGAUGGCAGCGAGGGCAGUGAGGACGACGUGGGAUACAACUCGUACUUCUUCGACGGAGUAGGCGGUGGUCAGGGCGACACGGGAGGCGACGCAGGAACGGGUGGGCUUCGGUUGGCAGGGGAGUAUAAGGGCUGGCCCGUCCUCGAGGCAUGGGCAGACCGGAGCGUGCGGAGGUGGAUCGAUGCCGGCAUAGUUCCUGAGAACAUAAUGCAGCCUCACACGGAGAAGGGCAAGGAGAAGGCUUCUCUCGAUCCUAUCCAGGUUACAGGAAAUGGCGCAGAGGUCCCUAUACCUGUCCUGGCUGACGCGGACGGCGAGACGGAAACGUCUGUGCUCGACGAGUCUUCCCUUCCGACGCCAUUAGGCAACGUCACGAACUUUUCGCAACGACAGCAAUUGCCCACAAUUUCUGUCUCGAAACCACCUGCUCCGAUGCCGGUCGACCUCCCCUCUCCCAGUAAUCUCGACUCUGAUACCGAAGAGGAUCAUUUCCCGCGGCAAGACGACAUCGAAGGCGCCCCCGCUAUCCAAGAGUCCACGUCCACCGUCCCUCUCACAGCAGUGCCCCCGCGCAAAGUCCGGGCACGGUCGAAGUCCCCCGAGCCCGCCAUCGACAUCGUCAUCACAAAUUCACCACCCGUCAUGCCAAUCACUGCGUCACCGCCCACUGUGCCCGACCUUCUCGUCGAUGCUGCGACCCUCGCAGGGCCUUCGCAGACCCAGCCUGAGGUUGCCGCAACGGCAAAGUCGGAAGAAGACUCACCCGUACUCGUGGAUGCGCCGGAUGUGUCGAUCCAGGACCAGGACCCCGAUACUACCAUCCGGCUCAUCGGCGGAGGCGGCAUCGUCGGCACCUCUGACGAUGCUUUGCAAGCAGACGGCGUGCUGGUGGAUGAGGCCGAUACGACGGAGGCCGACGCAGACCCUGCGGCGGACGUCGCGUCAAUCAGGUCCGUGGACUCGAAGGCGUCGACGGCGAGUAAGAAGCACGGUAAGAAGAAGAGCAUCUCCGCCGGCCUCAAGAAGCUCGGGCAGCUUGGGGGCGCGAAGCGGAGAACGGACUCUGUGACGUCCGUCGAGUCGCUGAAGCAUGCGCAGUCGUAACCACCGCUCGGCUUUGGGUUAGCGAGGGGCGCGGGGGAGCGCGCGGGCCGGACGCCUCCGCUGGUUUCUCUCUCUGUGGACGCUCAUAGACUCUGCUCGUCAUUCAGUUAACUUACUAUCGUGUCCGCACCAGCACCUCGCAUCUGUCUUCGUUCGUCGUCGGUGCCGUCAUACGCCAUUCGUUUGUACAGCUGCAUUUCUUCGAUACCCGUAAUAACAAUCCUAGUGAGAUGUGAU